GGUAUCGCAGUAUUCUCAAUUAUUAUAUGUUAAAAAGUUGGGGACAGCGCACGUCUCAAUAUGGUGUUCCUUCUGUGGGUGGUUGUGAUAAUCUCCUGUCUCUUUCUGUUGGCUCGGCUGGUCAGGGAUGAAGAGUUCGACAAACUCCCGGGACCCAAGGGGUUCUACAUAUUUGGAAACUCCCUGGACUUUUUCAUGAUGGAAACUGUGCAAUUAUUUUAUCAUUUCCGGACGUUGUGCACAAAAUAUAGUGAUCUUUUCAAGUUGAAAAUGGGACCCUUGAAUGUUCUCAUCCUUUACAACCCGGAAGAUGUUGAGACGCUAAUUUCCGGAAGCAAAUACAAUCAAAAAGGCUUCGUAUACAGUUUUAUUAGGCCGUGGUUGAGGGAAGGUUUGCUCCUUAGUGAUGGUCCAAAAUGGCAACAGCGAAGGAAGAUUCUGACGCCAGCGUUUCAUUUCAACAUUCUUCGUAAUUUUAAUUACAUUCUACAAGAAAAUAGUUGGAAAUUUGUGGAGCGAUUACGUCACGAAGAAAAUGAAAGUAAAACUGAAGUAUCUUCAAUGAUAACUGGAUUUACAUUGGAUUCCAUCUGUGAAACUUCAAUGGGAACACAAUUGGAUUCUGAGACCACUGAAUUUGGUAAAACAUACAAAGACGCGAUACACCGGCUUGGCCAGUGUGUGGUGUACAGGGGACAGAGAUGUUGGAUGUACAGCGAAUACAUCUUCAACCGUACUGCAGUGGGCCGGAAAUUCAACGAAAUACUAAAUCUUCUUACGUCUUUCCGCCAUAAAGUAGUAAACAAAAGGAGAAAUGACAAGCAAUUUAAAAAUUUAGUUUUUGAUAAAGAUGACAUUAUUCAAAAUGAGGAUGGGCUUGAAUCUGGGAAGAAAAGGCUGGCCAUGCUUGACCUGUUAUUGCAUGCUGAAGAAAAUGGCACGAUUGACGCUGAUGGUAUUGGGGAAGAGGUCGAUACGUUCAUGUUUGAGGGUCAUGACACGACUUCAUCAGCUCUACAAUUUGCUUUUAUGUUAAUAGCUAAUGACGAGAAAUGUCAAGAGAAGAUUUUUGAGGAAUGCCAAAAAAUAUUUGGGACCUCCGACCGGGCAGCUAGUAUGAAUGACCUAAACGAGAUGAAGUAUCUCGGAUGCUGCAUCAAGGAGACGAUGAGGCUCUACCCACCAGUGCCUUUCAUUGUGAGGAAGAUUGUGCAGCCAUUACAACUGAAGGAUUACCUGAUUCCUGUGGGCACGGAGUGUGCCGUCAUGAUCUACGACCUACAUCGUCGCAGCGACCAGUUCAAGGAACCACUAGAAUUUCGCCCUGAAAGAUUCCUUCGGGAACCUACCUGGCACCCUUACUCAUACAUACCUUUUAGUGCCGGUCCCAGAAACUGUAUAGGUCAGAAGUUUGCCAUGAUGGAAAUGAAGCUAGUGUUAUCGUCAGUGAUCCGCAAGUACCGAAUGCUGCCAGUGACUCGGCCACAGGACCUCAUCUUUGUCACAGACUUUAUUCUCCGGACUGAAAACCCUGUUUAUGUCAAAUUCCAGAAACGAUGAGUUACGUCGUUGAAAUAAGACUGAAUAUUGUAUAAAUAUAUAGGUAAACAACAUUUUGUAAAGAUUCGGGAAUAAGAUUGGGAACUUUAAGAAAAUGUGUAUUUUUAAUGAAAUAUUUAUGUGUAUUAGAAAAAGACUAUGGAACGCUAAUGUAUGAUAAACACCAUAUCUCUGCUGUACGUAUGUAAGUAGUUUGUUAUUACCACACAGGUUGUUAUUAUCAUUAAUUGUGAUAAAAAAUAUUUUGUCUAAUCAGAAACAAGUGAAUUAUGUACAUUGUCCCUUGAUAGAUAUUUUAUGGAUGUUAAUGUCAAAAUACAGUCAAUGUUAAUCUUUUUUUCUACAUUAGUAGCCACGUAAAAUUUAUUUUCGUUACUCUAUUUUAGUUUUGCUUAGGUUUGUCCUAGGCAAUUCAAGGCUUAUUGUUUUUUUCUCAAAAAUCGAUCAAUACAUUAGUAUUAAGUGUUUUUAUUAUAAGGUGAAUAUGUUUAAAAGGUUUUAAUAAAACUAUCCGUUAUUGGUAA